GGCUGUUUGCCCGACACUCGACAGUGGUAUCGCGUCAGCCGUACCGCACUGACGUGACGACGGUCAUCUCUCGACAAUAAUCGCUGUUCACGCGCUCGCGUCUUUACAAAAAAAAAAAAAAAAAACAACGAAAUAAUUUUACUAUUAUUAUUGUUGUUGUCGCGGCUGGCUCGUCGGGAAAACCGACCGCGAUCAGGUAAAGUUCGCCUAUUGAAAACUGACCUGUAGUAAUAUACUAUAUUCCGUGUGUGAAUCUGUUCGUUUACCGCGCGCGACGAAUUGUCCAUAACCCCUUUGGUCGUUUGCCAUGCGCUCCUAGACCGAGAAUAAUUUUUUUCCCCUAGUCGUUUACUUUUUGCCAGCCAACCUCCCGUUCUCCGUUUUUUUGAGCCGAAAAAGAAUACUUACGCAUAGCCGCUAUGCCGCUGUUCGGCAAAAAAGACGUGUCUAAGAAAACGAAGAAGGACGCGGAAAAGUCGCAGUCCAUCGAAGACAAGUACGACGUCAAAGAUCUGCUUGGCACGGGUGCUUUUUCUGAAGUCCGAUUGGCUGUGAGCAAGGAACGUCCAAACGAAAUGUAUGCCGUAAAGAUCAUCGACAAAAAAGCGUUGAAGGGCAAAGAGGACUCUCUGGACAACGAAAUCAAAGUAUUGAGAAGGUUCAGUAAAUCCGUGAAAAGGAGUGAUCAUUCGGGGACCGACGAUAAGAACGAGGGUCAAUGGCUCACUCAUCCAAACAUCGUGCAAUUGUUGGAAACGUUCGAAGACAAGUCCAAGGUGUAUCUCAUCAUGGAACUGGUGACUGGAGGCGAGUUGUUCGACCGCAUCGUGCAGAAGGGUUCAUACACCGAAAAGGAUGCUGCCCAUUUGAUCCGCCAGGUACUAGGAGCUGUGGAUUACAUGCACGAACAGGGUGUCGUGCACAGAGAUCUUAAGCCAGAAAACUUAUUGUACUACAGCACAGACGACGACAGCAAAAUUAUGAUAAGUGAUUUCGGAUUGUCUAAGAUAGAAGAUUCUGGUGUAAUGGCGACUGCUUGCGGAACUCCCGGAUAUGUCGCUCCGGAAGUGUUGGCUCAGAAGCCCUACGGGAAAGCAGUGGACGUCUGGAGCAUCGGUGUUAUUUCGUACAUAUUGCUGUGCGGAUAUCCGCCAUUUUACGACGAAAACGACGCGAAUCUCUUCGCUCAAAUCUUAAAAGGUGAAUUUGAAUUUGAUUCUCCGUACUGGGACGACAUUAGCGAUUCGGCGAAAAACUUUAUAAGGCAGCUGAUGUGUGUUGACGCAGACAAACGUUACACGUGCCGUGAAGCACUGGCUCAUCCAUGGAUAUCUGGUAACGCGGCCAGCAGCAAGAACAUUCAUGGAACUGUUUCAGCACAGCUCAAAAAGAACUUCGCCAAAUCCAGAUGGAAGCAAUUAAUGAACGCCAUAACCAUGGUGCAUAAAAUGCAGAGGUUAGCGAUGAACGUGUCGGAAGUGUCGGACACAUCGUCGUUGCUACCUGCUGCGGCAGGCGUGCCGAACAGACAGAAGUGUGCUACGAUUGUAGAGGAAGCCGAGAUUGAUGAUUUUGACGGUGAUGAUGAUCAUGGCCAAGAUAAUAAUGGCUAUGGCACCGAAGCAAGCAUACCACGCGACAACGGUGGUGCGACAGAUGAAAAAAAUGGCCUUGAACAGCGGAGCAGGAAUUAGCCAGGAUGCGAGAAUGGACAACCAGGACUGUGUGGUCAACGGAAUGACCGAAUCCAACAGACUCUAAGAAUUUCUCGUUUUACUUUCAUAUUAUUAUAUUAUCAUAAUUAUUAUUAUUACUCUUCUAAUUUUUAAAUAUCAUUAUUUUAUCUUUUAUUUUAUUUUUUGUUAACGAGAAUAAUUCUACACAUAUCUCUUCUAUAUCGAUAAAAUAUAAACUCUAUACCCAGUACCCGUCACCUAAUCAAUUCGUUUAUAUACAAAUGUAUUAAAUCAUAAAAGAGAGACAAUAUACUAUAGGUAUAUAUUAUGAUAUUACGUAAGUGUACUUAUAAAUUGUAUAAUUUGUUAGCGUAUGUAUGUACAUAAUACCAUAUAUAGGGUCAUUAAUAUUAUGUACCUAUAUGUAUAUUAUACAUAUAUAUAUAUAUAUUAUAAAUUAUAAUAUAAUAACAUAAAAAUAUACGCGAACUUAAUUUACACACUUUGCCGUAAAUCAGAUAUUUUUGCUCAUCAUGAUAACUUUGACAUUGUUUGAUAAAAUUGAAAAAAUUAUAAAAACGUGUAGAAUUAUACAAAUAUUAACAAUAACAUUAAAAAAAAAAAAUAAAGACAUUAGACUAAAUACACACACACACACACAUUUAUUAGUAAAUGUGAUUAUUAUAAAUCGAAACGUACCUAUAUCAUGCCAAUACAACGCGCCAUGUCUUUUCGGUAACAUUUUUACUACAGAUUCAAAAUAAUAUCUAUUAUCAAUACCUACGUAUACAUUUUUCGAGUAAAACGGCAUCCGGCAUUGUUUAAUAUAUUUACAUAUGAAGUUUGCACACUUUAUACUUCAAUAAUACGCUGAAAGCAAAUACUCAAUUAAUAUUAAUGAAAAGUUGUAAAAUAUAUGUUCGACAAGUGAUAAUACAAUAUAAUAUUAUUACAGCGUCUAAUAACUAGUUCAGACAGGCGCGUUAUAUAUUUUAAAGUACUUUCGAUUUUUGAAUAACAACAUUUGACGAAUACAAUUUUAAUUUAAUUUAAUUUUAAAUAGGUACAAUAUUAAUUAUAAAUACAAAAAAAACUCCCGCUUCUAUUUUAUUAUUAUGUUUAAUUAUUGUAUAAUGUAUACAACAUAAUUAUUUAAUAUAUUAUCGUUCUAACGUUACAAUUUUGUUGUUAACUUUAUUAGAACUUUUAAUUAUUAUUAUUAUUAUUAGUAUUAUCAUAAUUACUAUUUUCAAAAAAUAAAACUCACUAGCGAAAUUUACGUUAUUAUUAUUAUUAUUAUUAUCGUUGUCAUCGUAAUGAUUUUGUACUUCGGACUACUGCAUAAUAAAAUGAUGACGUGUACAUUAAAUAAACUAUACAGUUAUUAAAAACUAGGUAUACAUAUUGCACCCACUGAUCGUUGUAUUUACUACAGUUUCGUGUAAAAAAAUUUUGAUUAUUAUUAUUAUUAAAAUUUUAUUUAUAUUAAACCACGCUCAAGGUUCAUCAAAAACAUAGAAAUCGUUCAGACAGCCAAUUAUAAAAUAUAAUUGUAUUGUAUAUUAUACGCGGGUACACGAAAAGUGAGCAACAAAUUGCAUUAGAUUUUCAAAAAAAAAACAAAAAAAACUAUUACGGAUCACAUCUUGAUUAUUGUUUUCUGAUGGAUGACUAUAACAUAAGUAAUUAAUAAUUGUACAUGUUGCUCAAAUACGUUCGCAAAAUGAAUCUCGCUCGCUAUAAUACAGGAACCGCUUAGGAAAAUAAUAUAAUAACAUGUUAAAUAAAUAGCCGCCAGCGAGCGUCAACUAUUCGAAUAGGUAUAAUAUACUGCCACACCCCUUCAAAACAUUCGAUAGACUAUCUGUAACUCGGACACGAUCAAUUUUUCCGUAGGCGUAUUAGGCUGAUAUAAGUAUAUUGACCGAUGUUGAAUUAGGAGGAUAUCAUUCGAUUUUAAAAUUCUUAACCGCGAGGCGAGCGAGUCGUUUACUGCAAUAUUAUAAAUAUUUAUAAUAAUAACCGCCUGUUGACGAAAUUAUCAAAAUAUAAUACACCAAUAAUUUAUAUUGUACUGUAAUAUUUUGGCGCUUAUUUCCUUGUCCUUUACAAAAAUCGCGUGUUCCGAAUAAACGUUAACACGCAAAAGUGAUAAUAUUACGUAUACUAUUAUUUUUUUAAAUAUGGUCACAUGUCACUAUAUAGGUAGCAUAUUAUAUUAUUCACACAUAUGAUAUUAUAAUAUAAAGUAAAAAUCUAAUAACAUCUCGUUGUCGAUACUUCGUUAUAAUUAUUAUUAUUAUUAUUGCUACGACGACAAAUUAUUACAAUAAUAUCAAUUAACAUUAAUGACUAACAAUAAUAAUAAUAACACAAUAUUAUAUUAUAUUUUAUUCGUAUUCAUAUUAUGUAUAUUAUGUAUAUUAUUAUUAUUGUUGUUGUUGUUGUUGUUGUUUAGUUCGACGUGUUGUAAAAGAACGCGCUUUUUAUUUUACUACGCACAAUAUUAAAACAUAUUUUAUAUUGAUUCUUUAGGAUUUUAUCUUACCAAUUGCUGUUGUGAUAACUCUGUUACGUAUAAUAAUAUAUAAUAUUAGUAUAAUACGCUAGAUGGGUUUUUCUUUUCUUACCGUUUCAAUGCGACCAUCCGAUGAAAAUACGAUUAAAAUACUUAAGUUUAUCGUCGUGUAAUUGACAUAAUUUACUAUAAAAUUUUAAUAAAACUCGGCGUGACCAUACGACAUGUUACCUAUGUUAAAAGUACAAGCUAUCCGAUCACGCUCAUUGGCGUGCUCAGAUUUUUUGAAAAGGGCGGAGGGAGGAUAUACAUUUUUGACAAUUCAAAAAACAUGUAUAUUCUUGCAUUUACCUGCAGGUGCUAUAGUUAAUCAUAAUAAUAUUCCAUCGUUAGUCGUACAUCAAAAGGGAAAUUUAUUUAUAACCAACUCAACUAAAAAUCAAUAAACCAAAGCCCCCCCCCCUGGAAGAGCAUGCCACUGGUAGUAAUAAUAACAAUAAUAAUAAAGUAUAUUUAUCUAUCAUACAACUACAAUAAAUAAUAUAAUUACUACUUGAUGUUAUAUUAAUACCUAUAAAUGUAAUAUAUUUUAAUAUGACGUUAUCAUUUACCGUAAAACAGAAAAAAAAAUUGUAAACAUGUCGUGAGUCACUAUAAAGUUGUAAUAACAAUUAUUAAUAAUAGCGUAAAGUUUUAUCGGAUCAUAAUUCAUAUUAUAAUACAGUCGUCAUAACAUUGUGUAUGUUAUGUUUUAAAUAUUAAGUCUUAUUUUUAUUACAAUUAUUAGUAAACAUCUAAUUUAAAUUUUGUUAUACUUUAAUUAUAUAUAUGAUUUUUUUUUUAUAUGUUAUAGUAAUACAAAUAAUAUAACACUCUAUAUGUACGAGUAAUAAUAAUAUUAAAUGUUCUUCGAAACAUAUUUAAAUGUAGUUUACAAUAUUUUUUUCAAAAAUUAUUAUUAUGUUAUUUAAAUUUUAGUGCAAUAAAUUUAGUUGACUACAAA